AUGGAUUUGGCUGAGGGAAUCAGUACAUCGCUGGGUACAUUUUUUGUCAUUGCAUCUUUGGCCAUCUUACUAUUCUGUAUUGUGUUAAAUCUUGGAGUCAUUGUCACUGUCUACAGUGGAUCAGAGCCAAAAAGUCCUAUAGACUUUUACAUCCUAAACCUGGCCGUUUGUGACAUCAUAUCCUCAUUAUUCGGCACCAUUUCUGUUGAUAAUGUGAACAUGCAAUGGAAUGUAGGCGCGGGUUUCUGCAAGGUGAGCUAUACCAUGGUUUACUGCUGCUACUCGGUCGCCAUAGUAACGCUUGUCGCAGCUUGCAUCGAAAGGUACUAUGGGAUACGGAGACCGUCAAGGCAGACCCACGCAGCGGUAUGUCGUAAGACUCACGUGACUAUCCCAAUCAUCUGGCUCGUGUCAGCGGCUCUCUUCGUGGUGUACAUCUACGCCUAUGGCGUCAGAGUCCUGACCAUCAAUGGCGAAUCCAAGAAAGUUUGCGACGAAGUUUGGGAAGCUUCAAGCAAGAAGUACUUCUUCUUGGUCGUCCCAUUCCUCGCUCUCAUGGUCCUCCCGCUGCUUGUGGUGGCCUGGGUCUGGUACAUGACGGAACAGAAACUGAACGCGCCGAGAACUCAGAGGUCCUCUGGCGGGAACGCUGUCCUUCACAACAAGCGCAGACGCACAGUGCGCAUGCUCCAGUUUUUGGUCCUCAUGCACUAUCUCUGCUGGGGGCCUACCAUUGUUCUCAAGCUCAUCAACGUGAUUGGCUCGCCUUUGCGACUCUACUGGCCAGUGUGGACCAUUCUUGAGCUUGCGCACUACGCACGACCGCUGACUAAUCCCAUUAUAUAUUACUAUCUGUACUCGAGUUUUCGUAAGAGCUUGAGUGCCAUCGUGAGGGCUUGCUUGCCGUGUUUUGAUAUUGGUCGGGAUAGCACAAAAGAGGGCGGUCAGUCGACGUCGUCAUCGUAUGGUUCGGAUGGAUCCCGGAUGUAUAGAUACCCGGAUGAUGAUGGUAAUGACUACUGCACGGAGAUGUGA